UCAAAGUCACUACGUUAAGGGGGAAAAGAAAAGAAAAAAGGAAAAGAAAGGGGGCCGUCCAGCGCAGAGUGGUAAUUGGUAGCUUCGAGCUGAAGCCUGAAAGUGAAGACUGAAGAAGAGAAAUGGAAUUGCUUCCGGGUCCAGCGGACGCAUCUUCGAUCUCCAAGAAGCAUGGCUUCCGAUCCCUCAAAAUGGUCACCGUCGACAUGGAUGAACCCCUCCCCCUCCACCCCGUCGGCGUCCUCUUCGGCACCCUCGACAACGGUCUCCGCUACUACGUCCGCUGCAAUUCUAAGCCCCGCAUGCGUGCCGCUCUCGCUCUCGCCGUCACCGUCGGUUUUGGAAUUUUUUUUAUUAUGUGCACGUGCUGAUUGUGAAAUUGAUGAUGAACGAAACCUCCUAUUUACGGGCAGAUCAGUUCUGGAAGAAGAGGAUGAGCGUGGAGUUGCUCACAUUGUGGAGCAUCUUGCUUUCAGUGCCACUAAGAUGUACACUAAUCAUGACAUCAUCAAGUUUCUUGAGAGCAUUGGAGCGGAGUUCGGCGCCUGUCAAAAUGCCGCCACCUCUGCCGAUGACACCGUCUAUGAGAUGUUUGUUCCCGUUGACAAGCCUGAGCUUUUGUCUCAGGCCAUUUCGGUUUUGGCUGAGUUCAGCUCUGAGAUUAGAGUAUCGAAAGAGGACUUGGAGAAAGAAAGGGGAGCUGUCUUGGAGGAGUACAGAGGGACUAGGAAUGCGACUGGAAGGCUGCAGGAUGCUCAUUGGGUCUUGAUGAUGCAAGGGUCGAAGUAUGCUGAAAGGUUACCAAUUGGACUAGAGAGAGUGAUUCGGACAGUUUCUCCAGAGACUGUGAAGAACUUUUACAAGAAGUGGUACCAUUUAUGCAACAUGGCUGUGAUAGCAGUUGGAGAUUUUUCUGAUGCAGAGACUGUAGUAGAGCUGAUAAAGACCCACUUUGGCCAAAAAGUCCCUGCACCUGAUCCUCCACUUAUACCAACAUUCCAGGUUCCAUCACAUGAAGAGCCACGAUUUUCAUGUUUUGUUGAAUCUGAAGCUGCCGGGUCCGCAGUGAUGAUUAGCUAUAAAAUGCCAGCAGACGAGCUUAAAACAGUGAAAGACUACAGAAACUUACUUGCAGAAUCCAUGUUCCUAUAUGCAUUGAACCAGAGAUUCUUUAAAAUAUCACGCAGAAAGGAUCCACCCUAUUUCUCUUGCUCAGCUGCUGCUGAUGUUCUAACUCGUCCAUUAAAGGCUAAUAUAAUGACUGCAUCUUGCAAAGGAAAAGGGACUAUUGACGCACUCGAAUCAAUGUUAAUGGAGGUUGCAAGGGUACGGCUUCAUGGCUUUUCAGACCGUGAAAUAGCUAUUGUUCGUGCAUUGCUGAUGUCAGAAAUUGAAUCUGCCUAUUUGGAGCGGGAUCAAAUUCAAUCUACAAGCCUAAGAGAUGAAUAUUUACAACAUUUUCUCCACAAUGAACCUGUUGUUGGGAUUGAAUAUGAGGCUCAGCUCCAAAAAACCCUUCUUCCACAUAUAACGGCAGCAGAGCUCUCUAAAUGUUCUGACAAAUUAAGGACAUCAUGCAGCUGUGUCAUUAAGACAAUUGAGCCCCAGACGUUUUCUGUAGUUGAUGAUCUAAAAAAUAUUGUAAAGAAAGUCAAUCUUCUGGAGGAAGAGGGUAGAAUACCUCCUUGGGAUGACGAACAUGUACCGGAAGAGAUUGUCUCUACAAAGCCAAAUAUGGGGCAUGUUGUGGCAGAUAGGGACUAUCCAAAUAUUGGAGCUGCUGAACUAUUUUUGUCAAAUGGCAUGCGGAUCUGCUAUAAAUGUACAGACUUUCUUGAUGAUCAGGUUAUCUUCACAGGAUAUUCAUAUGGAGGCUUGUCUGAGCUCCCAGAGAGUGAGUAUUUCUCUUGCUCUAUGGGAGCAACCAUUGCGGGGGAAAUUGGAGUCUUUGGUUAUAGACCAUCUGUCCUAAUGGAUAUGCUUGCUGGCAAGAGAGCUGAAGUUGGUACCAAGAUCGGGGCAUAUAUGAGAACUUUUUCUGGUGAUUGCUCACCUACUGACCUGGAAACUGCUUUGCAGCUUGUCUAUCAGUUGUUUACAACCAAUUUAACACCCGGCGAAGAAGAUGUCAAAAUAGUGAUGCAAAUGGCUGAAGAAGCAGUUUAUGCUCAAGACAGGGACCCAUAUACUGCUUUUGCAAACCGUGUAAAGGAGCUCAACUAUGGAAACUCCUAUUUCUUCAGGCCUAUUAGAAAAAGCGACCUACAAAAAGUUGAUCCACUGAAAGCCUGUGAAUACUUCAGCAAAUGUUUCAGAGAUCCAUCAACUUUUACUGUUGUGAUAGUUGGGAAUAUUGAACCUACCAUUGCAAUGCCCUUGAUAUUGCAGUACCUAGGUGGAAUACCAAGGCCAGCUGAACCUAUUAUGCAUUUUAACCGUGAUGAACUGAAAGGAUUGCCUUUCACUUUUCCAACGACCAUUUCUAGAGAAGUGGUUCGGAGUCCUAUGGUGGAAGCACAAUGUUUGGUGCAGCUAUGCUUUCCCGUGGAGAUGAAGAAUGGAACCCUGGUGGAAGAAAUCCACUUUGUUGGGUUCCUAAGCAAGCUUAUUGAAACAAAAAUAAUGCAAGUUCUCCGUUUCAAGCAUGGACAGAUAUACUCUGUUGGUGUUUCAGUAUUCCUUGGUGGUAAUAAACCCUCAAGAAUAGGUGAUGUUCGUGGUGACAUUAGCAUAAACUUCUCUUGUGAUCCAGAGAUAUCUUCCAAGCUGGUGGAUCUUGCUUUAGAUGAAAUUUUGUGCCUUCAAGAGGAAGGGCCUUCUGAUCAAGAUGUUGCAACCAUCCUUGAAAUUGAGCAAAGAGCUCAUGAGAAUGGAUUGCAGGAAAAUUAUUUCUGGCUGGAUAGGAUUUUACGCAGCUAUCAAUCGAGAGUCUAUGCUAAUGAUGUUGGUGCUUCUUUUGAGAUUCAAGAUGAAGGUCGAAGAAAAGUUAGAUCUUCCUUGACACCAAGAACUGCACAGUUGGCCCUGCAAAGGAUGCUGCCAUAUCCUUGCAAAAAACAGUAUACUGUGGUAAUCCUAAUGCCCAAGUCAUCUCCUUUCCAAUUACUGAAAUCAGCAUUCCAAUCUACGCUAACAGGACAUGCCAGAGAAGCAACGAUUUUAGUAGGAAUCGCUGCCAUGGUGGUUCUUGGUAUUAGUUUGUGGAGACAUUCACGGAGUGCCCAAAGUAGCAAGUAGCAUACGUGUUUAGAGGAGCGUAAGUUUUCAAAUUUCAACUGCUUCUUCACUCUUCAGGUUAACAGAAGACGUACAUAUGAGCAUGAGCACUGAUCAUACAAAAACACAGGUUUUUGUGAAUUAGGGGGGAAAUUAGGUAGGUGUUUAUUCUAUUUGGGCUCAAUGAGAUCUAGAAACAUGUUUUAAUUGAUUUAUGCUGCUGCACAGAGUUGUUCAUGCACCUUUGCUCGCAUCUUUACUCAAAAAAGGGAGAACGGAACUCAUACUACACACACAAGGGGGGUGGGGGGAUGAUAGGGAAACAUUUGUAUUACCAAGUUUGGUUUCUUUAGUUGGUGAUGCAUGGCGUAGUUUUUAUUUUUA